AUGACUGAUAAGUUUCUUUGCUUGAUUUUUUUAGAGCAAAAAACACAAUUGGAAUUUAUUGCCAUUGGGAUAUUAGCAGUCUGCCUGGUCAUUUCUGUUGUUGGAAAUGUUGUCCUCUUACACAAACAAAAACAUCACAAAGGUAAGUGCUGCUCACUAUAAAAACUGUUAUUAAAGCUUAAACUAACGUGUUACAUUUAAAAGAUAAAAAUUAUUAAUCCCUUUUAUGCUCAUGAAUUGGCAAACCUGAACAGAUCCUUUUGCGUGCUGGUACUGUCCUGAUGAAGAAUAUUUGCAGAUGAGUUAUGUUAUUAGACUUUUUUAGGAACAACAAUAAGCUUUGUUGUUUGAAAUGAAAAAAAGACAUUUUAAAUAUGAAGAAAAGCUCCAUCAUGUAUCAAAAUUUAAACAUAUUUUUGUUUGUUUUUUGUAAAUUUUAUUCUUUAACUUCCAGAGAGAAAAAACAACCAUCCAAAAUAAAAUUAGACAUUACUUUUUUAUUUAAAUGGUCAAAUUAAGUUUUAAUUAUCAGAUUUAAAAAAACAUUUCUAAUGUCAUUUAUUUACAGGAUUGGGAAGCACCAUCUCAGAAGCACAAUUUAACAGUGCAUGUGGACAAGUAUGUAACACUGCAAGUGAUCACAGCAAAUCAGUCCAAAUAUUUUUUACAGACACGUCAUAUUUACAUCACUGUGUUUGUAAAACUCUUUUAUAUUUCUGCACAGACUGACGCUGAGGAUGAACUGAACUACGCUGCUCUGAACUUUUCAACAAAAAAGACACGAGGCAGAAAGAAGAGAGAGUUUGUUGAGGACGGUGUGUACGCUCAAGUUAAACAUUGA